AUGACGAGACCCCAAAUGAUUCGAGCCGAUACCUUGGACCUUCAAGACCACGAUACCCCCUCGGCCAAAGAUCAUACCAAGCAACCCGAACAUCCUAAACCCCUUGGGGGCGGCCGGCCUGCCCCUCACCAGGAACUUUCCAUUCGCCAUGCCGAGCAAGACUCAAAGUCGGAGAUUUUGAGUGGACCCUCGUUGAACGGCAAUCAUGAGUACCGAGACGGCGUCGAUAUGUACGGAGAGCAAGAAGAGACAGACGAGGACAUAGGACGCAACGGAGAAUAUGACCACGAAGAAGAUGGCGACUUGGCGGACGGCGAAAGCGACGAUCUUCUCGACGACGACAUGAUGGACAAGCUAUCUAGUUCUCCUUCUAUCGAUGACGAGGAUAUUGACUUCGAAUUCGUCUACGCACUUCACAAUUUCAUCGCAACCGUUGAUGGGCAGGCAAACGCCGCUAAGGGAGAUACCAUGGUGCUUCUGGACGAUAGCAACAGUUAUUGGUGGCUUGUACGAGUGGUCAAAGACGGAAGUAUCGGAUACCUCCCUGCUGAACACAUCGAAACUCCCACCGAGCGACUUGCUAGAUUGAACAAACACCGCAAUGUCGAUCUCUCUGCAACCAUGCUAGGGGAUAACUCUGAAAAGUCCAAGAAUCCCCUGAAGAAGGCUAUGCGACGACGAAACGCCAAGACUGUCAACUUUGCCCCACCGACAUACAUCGAAGCCUCGGACGUUGAAUACUCAACAGAUGAGGAAGAUGAGCAUGGCGACUUCUUCAAUGAUGAUGAAACUGUCGAGUCAGAGGACGGCGAAGCUCAAGAGCAAAAUGAAGAUAUUGUUGUGGAGCCUCUCCGCACGAAAUCUGAGAGGGAAAAGCUCACAGAACGGGCGGAGGGUACACAGUCGCCUGAAAAGCAAGAGCCAGAGCGAACGAGCUAUGAACCAAGACGGUCAAGCGAGGAGUUCUUUGAUCCGGAAGAACCUACUGUUAGUAGAUCCAGAAACGGCACUGUACGCAACACAGAUUCUUUCUUCAAGGAUGACACCGCCGAGCCCAAGAAGAUUUCCCUCACGCCUAAUCUGCUGCGUGAUGAAUCCAGCAGCACCACUUGGACCAGUGACUGGAAAGACACGGGUCGCGGAAGCUUCGAAUCGAUCGACAAAUCUACUGCCUCGCACGACAAAGGUAAAGACGACAAGAAGCGCAAGGACAAGAAACCUGGGAUGCUCAGCGGUUUAUUUAAACGGAAGGAUAAAAAGAACAAGUCAAUUGACGAUGAUUUCGAGGAGGCUGAGCGAUCUCCAGCCGAGUCUGCCUUCCGAGCUUCACCUCAACCUAAGACAUCCCUGGAGUCUUUGUCGCCAGAACUGCGGUCUGUCAAGCCACAGCGGCAGACCAGCAACAAGCUGCAGAAGCAACCGCCAUCCAUCGCGUCUUCCACCUCUCGGACUGAUGGACAGGCCGAUGUUGCAACAGAAGACACGACCAAGGAAAGGGAGCUCGUGAGCGGGAACCAGACGGCCCAGUCUAUUCGACGAGUCACAUCUCGAGAAACUGACAGCCGCAACGAGAGCCCAGGAGCUGCAGCUUCUCCUGUGAGCCAUCGAAGUCCCUCGAAGGAGUCUUUUGCUACUCCGUUCGAAUCUCAAGACACAUUGGCUUCUCCCAUUGAUCGCCCAUCCAGCGAAGCCCAGUGGAGAGAACCAUACGAGUCAAAUGAGCGGGCCCAGCCUUCCGUGACCUCCCCACCGCAAAGAUUCACCCCGAAGAUAGUGGCUGGCCAUGCCGACUCGGGAUCGCAAUCUCCAGACAGCUUCUCUCCGGUCGAGUCUCAUAUUAUAAUCGGCGCGCCCGGGCUGACCAAGGAAGCCGUAUUGAGGGCCCGGUCCAUCUCCCCUGUCUCACCACCUUCGUCGCCCGAGGUCGACGUUAACGACCUCAAGUCCGGCGAGGCUACUCAUAUGUCACUAGACACGCUUUCCGUUGACACAACGACCUGGAGUGAUGCCAGCCUACGAUCAUACCUCGACGAAGAUAACGACAUUCGCGACCUUUUCAUUAUUGUCCACGACAAAUCCAAUAUUCCCCCAGCCGGUCCUGACCAUCCCGUGACUGGUCGUCUCUUCAAGGAAGAGAGCAAACGGCUCAAAGAGAUGAACAAUCAACUCGACGAGAUGCUUGUCAAGUGGAUGUCUCAGCGCCAAAGACGCUCUAGCACAACGCGGAGUAUGCAGAGUCCGGCUGUGUAG